AUGAAACCCUCUGAAAACCAUGUAUCCGAGAUCGAGGAUUUGGUAACUUAUGGAUUAUUGACAGAAAAGAAAUUUGUUCGCGUGAUUGGAAUUAAGGCGUUUUUUCCAGAAAAACAACUAUCUGUCAGUUCUGAUUUUUCAAAAGGCGAUAAGCUGGUUAUUGGUUGGCACAAAACAACAGACACAUUAUUGAAAACAACCAUUACACUGAAAGAGUAUCUUUUCGAAAUAAGUACCAUGACGGGUCAAAAUAAUAUUCCAAAAGAUAUUUUCUUAGGUGUGAUUGUUCAUUCCUCUCAACCAGUUUUUGUUAAGAUUUUCCAUACGGAUAGACCCAAACUACCCUUCGGUAAUAUAUUUCUUCCGAUUGAAAAAGUGGAAAAGAAGGCCUUGCCCUCAAUACAUGGAGAUAUCACUCCAAGGAAAGGAAUUGAAUAG